CAAUGGCGUCGCCCCUGAGGUCACUGGUAUUGGGGAGUCGCGCCCUGAGUUGUUUGUUGACCCGCGCGCUUCCCAGGGGGGAUGUCAUCUUGGCGGCCAGGCGAGAUAUCUCCUUCAAACUUGAUGAGAAAACCGCUCACAGCAGCUUGGACCUGUUUAAGAAGGAUACUGGCAUAAUAUACCGCAUGCUAGGCAUGGAUCCCACCAAGGUUUCGCAAAACCCUGAGCGCUUCCGGGAAUGGGCUAUUGUACUAGGAAAUACCCAGAUAGGAAGCGGCCGGCAUUAUUGGGAGGUGACUGUUAAACGAUCCAAUGAGUUCCGUAUAGGUGUUGCUGAUGAAGACAUGUCCAGAGAUGAAUGCAUUGGUGUUAGUAACCGCUCAUGGGUCUUUGCUUAUUGCCAUAGUAAGUGGUAUGUCAUGCAGGAUAGUAAGACUUUUCCCAUCACCAACAUUGGCCAUCCAAGUAAAGUUGGCCUCCUACUGGACUAUGAAGGUAGAAAGUUGAGCCUUGUGGAUUCUGAGAAGAAUUCUCUUAUCCACACUCUUAAUACAGACUUUCGAGGUCCAGUUGUGCCUGCAUUUGCUCUUUGGGAUGGGGAACUUCUGACCCACUCAGGCCUUGAUGUUCCUGCAAACCUGUGAAGACAUCCUUUUUGCCCACAAGUGCCUCUGCAAGAAAGUCUUCAGAUGUUAAUAUUUACAGAAAAUGUUUGCUUCCAUUGUAAAAAAUAUAAGCUAUGAGCAGUGCUUUUUCUUUAUGGCAUUCAAUCCCUUCGACGUUUUUGACAGGACAUACCAAAGAUAUGGGGCUGGAUUUCAGCAUUUCAUAUUCUCCACCCAUAGGAUGGAAUGUUGACAUUUCCCACUGCAGUCUUCAUCAAAUUCUAAACUGCAUAAGAUACAUUUCACUCUGCCUCAUCACUUGCAAUUUUGUUUUUGUGUUUUCAGAAUAAACAUGAAUUUAUGAUGUGACAAAAUACUUUGCUUGCUGUUCCCUUUAAUAUUUGUAAGAAUAAAGACAUGCUGUAAUGAUA